AUGCUUGCACCCCAUAGCCCUGCCGCUGGCGUUCGGAAAGGGACGAAGAGUUGCACCGAAUGUAGAAGAAGAAAAGUUCGCUGCGUUCGAAUCCCCGAGGACGCGCCAACAUGCCGUCAGUGCACUGAACGCAACACCGCUUGUCUCGCCCAGACGUCGAGUUCCCGCCCGCGACAGGCGCAACGGCUGCCAUCAAGAUAUCGGAUCGCACAAUUGGAGUCCCAAGUUAGUCGAUUGACUAAAGCUGUCAAUAACAUCGAGGUCAGGCUCGGGGGCAACCCUUCGAUCCAGGUCGAUCAAACCGUGACCCACAGCCCCGGAUCCGAGGAGUCCGAUGCAGAAUCCACCGCGUCCGAGAUCUUGAUUGCGGAGGAGCCUUCCCAAUUACGCUCGCUUUUUCAAAAUGACUGGCUCAGCGUGGAUACCCAACGGCGGAAGGAUCAGCUUCAGGAACGCAGGAUGAAGGCCUCCGCCCACCUUGCCGAGAGCGUGCGACCCGCUCUGCAGAAGCUGAUUCCCACCAAAGAACAGACGGCGGAAAUGUUGGUCUGUACUUAUGAUUGGAUGCAGAUGGUUCAUACCAUGCUACCCCAGCCUUCGGUGCCGAACUCGAGCCAGGAGAUGCUUCAACACUAUGAGGAAAUGUGUCAACCGGAUGUAGACAUCAUUGUUCUGGCCUCGUGGCUCUUGACUCUGGCCAUCACUGCCCAACAAAUCCCGCAGUCAGGCAACAGCCCCGAUACCCCGUCAAUGGGCUCCCAUAAACGAAUAAGCUUCGCCCGCUCUGUCUCAGACGCCGUCGAGAGUCUGGUGAUGACUCAUGACCGUUUGAUCGGGACAUACCAAGGCCUCGGAAUGUGCAUACACUUCAUUCGAUUACAAAUGGGCCGUGGGAAUCCCCAAAAAGGCUGGCUUAAGAUGCGACACCUUAUUGCCCUGGCGGAGUUAAUGGGUCUACCAAAGGCAGUCCAACUCGCUCGAGUGAAAAAGGCCAACAGUCCCGCCGAGCAGGCGGCGCAGCAUGAAAAGAUCCAGCUCUGGGAACUCAUCUGCACCAUCGACCGCCUGGGAGGGCUGUUGAUCAAUCUUCCACCGUAUACCAGACGUUAUCAGUUGAAAGUCGUUGAUGAUCUUGUAGUCGACGGUGUCGUUCAGCCGUCGGUCUAUAUGAGCCGGUUAAUGGACAUCUCCCCCAAAAUCUACGACCUGGAAGACCUCAGUGCCACAGAGGGCUCAACCACGAAACUUUACACAUCCGCAUUGGAGAUUGUUCGGGGCGCGAGGGAUCUUGCUUCUGAGGCACCGGCGUCGUGGUGGACCAUAAAUAUGACAGAUGACUUGAGGCCCGAUCAUGUCGUCCAGUACAUGCACUAUUGCAUCGUCAUGAAGGCUCAUCUACCGGUCGCGCUUCGACAAGAUCGAACCGAGGAGUAUCUGUAUAGCCGACUAGCCUGCAUUGACGCGUGCGAAUGCGUUGCUCACAGAUAUCAUUUUCUUCGGCGAAAACUCCCAUCGGGCUUCUUCACGCUACGGAUGCUUGAUCUUCAGGCGUUUGGAGCUAUGGCAGCCCUUCUCUUGCUCUCUCAUACUUGUCCAUUCCCCGACCACCGUACCUUCCAAAUUGACAAACCGCGCAUAGAAGGCCUUGUGACGCAAAUCAUUGAGCUUAUGGAAGAAAAGUCUAAGGAUGGAGUGGGUGUUGAUUUUGCAGAGCGUGGUGCUAAGACACUCCGGUCGCUACGAAACCUUUUGCAGCAGGAUGCGAGUAAUCCUGCGCCCAUGCAGGAACUGACCGUCAAUGUACCGCUGCUGGGAAACAUUCACAUUCGCCGUAACGUUCCCGCAACGCAAACCGCUCCGCCUGAAAGCCAGCGAUCCAGCGCCGUUCCGCAGUCUACCAGUUGGCAACCUCAGGAGCAAACCUUACCCGCCCACUACAACCCGCAGUUUGCCACGAGCACCUACGUGCAGGAGCCUCUGUUGCCAAGCCAGGCCGUUUCAAACAUGCAGUGGGAACCGUUAUCAUGGUCUGUCGAAGAUGCAGGCGAAAACCUUCUCGAGGAUGCUAUGAUGGCAGAGUCCUUCGACCAAGCCACUAUGUGGCAUAAUAUGUACUAUAAUACGUUUGGUUGA